AUGAGCAAUAUGGAGGACAUACGGUUUCCUGGAAACAUCGGGCCCCCAAUAAAGAAAAGGCGAAGGAAUGCUACUAGAGCUUGUGAUCGUUGCAAGGAGAAAAAGUCGAAGUGCGAUGGUACCCGACCAUGUACUCGAUGUACUACCAGUGGGGAAACAUGUUCCUAUGAAAAACCAUAUCUCCGGGGCACUGUGCCUGAGGUUCUACCUGCGAACCCUUCACAAAGUCAAAGCCCGACGUCUAGCACGGUUCGUGUCAAGUCUCAAGACCCACAGGACCCUCAAGAUUCCCAUGACCUCAAUCUUAGCCGUGAUGAAAGCGUUGAUGCAGUGCAUCAUGAGUCUUAUCUCGGAUCCUCUUCAAAUCUUGUAUUUUCUGAAGCCGCCCACCUGCACUUAUCCACCCCACCUUCAACAUCUUCCCACCUACAAGGUCCACGCGUCAACAACAAUGAAAGCGAAUAUACCAGUAGUGACCUCCCACAAAGACGCAUCACGAGUAACAAUAGAAUCAGAAAUCAGAACAAUCAAUUUUGGUUUUCUGAGCCUCCUUUCCCACAAUUGAACCUUGCUAUGUUCUCACUUCCAACACGGGAGCAGGCAUAUCUAUAUUCAAGGUGGUACUUUGAGAACGCAUCACCUACUUAUCGGGUAUUGCAUCGGGCAAGCGUAGAGGCUAUCAUCGAUGCUGGACUCUACGCGGGUGGCAAUACGGAUUGUAAAAAAUUAGAGGAUAGGUGUGUUUGUGCAAUUGUCUUCAUGGUUUGGGCUUUGGGAUGCCAAUAUCCAUUGGUUGAAAAGGAGGAGGACAAAGAGAAAUAUGGGAGAAUGUCGAUACAGUUCUAUCAAUGUGCACAACUUCAACUGGAAAAGGAAAAAUCACAAAUCGAUAGACUUGCGGCACUGCAGGCAAAAUUACUUAUGUGUCUCUACCUCCUAACUAAAUCCCGUUUGAAAGCAUCAUGGGAUCUUUUUGCGUCGGUAAAAAACAUGGCGAACAGUCUGGACCUGAAUCGAAGGGUACGGCUUCGGAGCAAUCUGGAUACUGUGCAUUUGGAGUCACGAAGAAGAGCACUAUGGGCAGUUUAUACCCUGGAUUCAUAUCUGUGUACGAUGCUAGGGAAAACAUUAACUUGGGAUGAUAAUGAUGUGACAGAACAAUAUCCAAAAUUGAUAGACGAUUCGAGAUCAGCGUCAACUGAUGUUGACAUAAACCCUGAUGUCGAUGAAGUCGAAUUCGAUGAGGGAGAUUGCGCGCCAUCUCUGAUGCACGCACCUAUUGCUCACGCAAAGCUAGCACGCAUAGUACGGUUGACCCUUCGAACACUCUACAAUGACCGACAGAAGUCCGAAGAGGAUGAUUUAGAGGAGAUGGCGGUGUUUGAUGGUCUUGCGGCGAAGAUUGCAGAUUGGGAAAACUCACUACCGGGCUUUCUCAAAGUAAAGGCCCCUGGAACAUAUGUUACAUUUUGCGCGGCAACAGUCAUGUUGGUUUAUGCUGCACAAAACCCGGACUCUAGCAAGAGCAGAACGGCGCUAAAAGCUGCAGAGAAAUGUUGCUCUAUUGAGAAAAUGCUUGCCGGAGAAAACAACAAGAUGGCUCAGAGGUAUGCAUCUGCAUUGGAGGGUCUAUUGCGGCAAGUCAAGAGUAGGCUAGAAUUAGUAGAUCGUGAUAAUGCGAGUGUGAAGGAAACCAUCAACAACAUUGGAACCACAUUGGACAUGGCAAUUCAACCACUACAGCCCUUUGAACACACCCAGCACCAAUCAAAUUCACAACCACCGCCAUCAUCCCGUACAGUUCCACCGCACUCACAAUUUUCUCCUGCCUUUUCCGAAUCGCCAAUUUUUCCAAUAAACGACCCUAAACAAUCAAAUUUGGACGAUCAAACGGGUAUGACGGAAUUAUGGGGUGGUAAUGGCAUAGAAUAUGGGGACAUGGGUGACAUUAUUUUGCAAGGGCUCGGAGAAGACUCCACAUUUCAAGGGUUGGAUGCAACAGUGAGCGGAGGUUAUCUCUUUGGCUGGCCAGAUGGGCCACUCUACUAG